GCGGAAUGGACUCGCGUUAACUUUGCCACGUUCGCUCUUGUUUUGUAUGAGAACGACACUGAGCUCGGGACAGAGUGAGUAGGAGACAGAGAGAGACAGAGACAGAGAGAGAGAGAGAUUAUCUCUCCGCUAUGCCGGCACGGAACCCGGAGCGCGAGGCGCGCGGCGCGAGCGGCUUUUCGGUACCGCGCUUCAGUCCCGCAGCAAGCUCGCGCUCCACGCACCGCCGCCGCCGAUCGGCCCUGCUGCCCACCGUGCUCACGUUCGCCGUGAUCGUGGCGUCCGGAGGCCUGCUGCUGCUCAUCGAGAAGGGAAUGCUUAACGGCAUGCACACGCCAGCGCCUCUGGGCAACGGCAAGAAACCCGAGUACCGGCUCGCGCCGCGGGAUCCAGAUGUGGACGUGGAAUCACAGAUUUUGCAGGAUAUCCGUAACCGCACUAUCCGUGCGAUGUGUGGCCACCAGAACACAGCUCACAGCGUGUGGUCUCUCAGUUCACUGCAGAGGAAAACCCUGUUGCAGCACAUCCUGGUGAACGAGAAGUAUGGCUUCCUCUACUGCUAUGUGCCCAAGGUGGCCUGCUCCAACUGGAAGCGAGUGCUGAAGGUGCUGAGUGGCGCGCUGGCUGACGUACACGUCCAGGUAAAGAUGGACCACCAUGCCGACCUGCACUUCCUCUCUGACUUCUCGCCUGACGAGAUACGCCACCGUUUGAGCCACUACUUCAAGUUCAUGUUUGUGCGUGAGCCGAUGGCACGCCUGCUCUCUGCUUACCGGAACAAGUUCGGGGAGAUCAAAGCCUACCAGCACAAAUACGGUGCAGAGAUCGUCCGGCGUUACCGGAAAGGCUACGCAAAGAAUACUAAAAUAGCCGGGGACGACGUGACGUUUGCGGAGUUUGUGCGCUACCUGCUGGACGAGGAACCGGAGCGCAUGAAUGAGCACUGGAUGCCCAUAUAUAACCUGUGUCAGCCGUGCGCUGUUCAGUAUAACUUUAUAGGCUCGUAUGAGAGGCUCGAGAGUGACGCAGCAUACGUGUUGGAACGCGUCGGCGCUCCUCAGCAUGUGCAGUUUCCUGAGCGUCAGGCGUGGUAUAAACCUGUUACAAAGGAAACGUUACAUUAUUAUCUAUGUACUAUUCCUCAGAAGCUGCUUCGAGAACUUUUGCCAAAGUAUAUUCUUGACUUUUCUCUUUUUGGUUAUCCUCUGCCCAACGUCACCACGGAGUACUGUCGACACUAACAGAGACUUCUUUACGAAUGCGUAUCACAGCCGUUUCCUUUUAUACCGUCUGUGAAAUUACAGUAUUUUGAAUUUUUGUUCUAUUUCUUUAUAAAAGAUUUUGUACAGAAUUGGGAAUAUAUUUCAUUCUGACCUCUGAAUAAUGUGUUAGAAAGCUAUUUAAAGAUUAACCACUAUUUAGCACUGGAACAGAGGCAAAGUUUAUAAUCUAUUUUUAUAGACAUCAUGACUAACAGUGUUGCCACAUAGUUGGGGCAAAUUAUUUCAAGUUGUGCUGGGCACAAACUGACUUUACAAUGCAUCCACAAGCACAAGAGUUUUCAUUAUCAUUUCAUUAUUUUGCCUAUGUGCCUUUCCCCAUGCAUUAUAUUAUAGACUGUUUCUGUUUGGAAAAAAAUCUCAAUGUAAAUACACGUAUUAUAUAGUGGACACAAUGUAUUAAGCCAUAUCCAGACGAAAAAGAAUCCCCUCUUUGAGACGGUCUUGAGUUAAAUCCCUUAAGAAUGCAGUCCCUUUCUCAACCAAAAAAAAAAAGCCAUUUCCCAUUUGGUUGUGAAAUCGCAUUCUUAAGAGAUGUGAGCCAGAGGAAAUCUGGGGAAGUCGACUGUAUGAAUUUAAGCUUGCUUUUAAAAUUCACGAGAACUCUAAAAGCAGACUAAAAGCCAAACCUUGUAAUGACCGCUGCACGACACGACUGCUUAACAAAGCCAUAAUUAAGUGAACAUGACCGAAGUUUACAAUAACUAACGACCGACGAUGUUUGCUGGGAAAACGUAUAGUGUAAAUUAUCUGUUCGCGUCCAUUCAUUAGUUCAUAAUUUUAGCAUUUUUGGGAGAAAAUUUUAUUGUUUCUUAAAGGAUCCAACAUCCAAUGUGAAGUUAAAGAAAUCCAAGUUUUGUUUAGCAGUGGUCAUUUUCCUCCUGAAUUCAUGCAUCUUCUCGUGUUGAUUAUAAAUAAACGUCUGACUGCUGAAAAAAGGAGUGCUGUAAGAAACUAUUUACAUUUUUAUUCAAGUUAAUAAGUUAACGAUUCAAGUAAACACAUAGAUGAAUCAUGAAACACAACACCAGUCAUAAGUUUGGAGCUCUCUCAUUAACACUGGCAACCCUGAGGA